ACCAAGUCAUUCAGCACCAAGAAAUAGAAAAAUCAAAUUCCAAAAUCAACAAUUACGUAUAAAGAACAUUCCAAUUUACUCAAUCAAAUUACAAUGUUUUUUCCUGCUUAUGAAAUCUGACUUUUUCUUUUCUUCCACUUUCCAAGAUCUUUCUCUUUUCAAUUCUCUUACAUCUUUCCCACCCCAAAAAGCAAUCAACAAUUCCCUUCAUAUACCUCACUUUUCCGCCAUUUUUUCCUUCAUUUCUCAAUAUUUUGAGUUGAUAAACCGGCGAUGAACGAUCUGUUUUCAGGCUCUUUCUCUCGAUCCCGAAGCUCAGAAUUUUCCCCUGAUCACCACGUAAUCCAGAUGACUCCUCAACCCUCCUCCACCGCCGGCGACGGCGUUGACCACCUCCACAAGUUCUUCAAGGACGUCGACUCCAUCGACGGUGAGCUCAAAGAACUCGAGAAGCUCAACGGCGACCUCUCCUCCUCCCACGAGCAAAGCAAGACGUUGCACAACGCGAAAGCCGUGAAGGAAUUGAGAGCAAAGAUGGAUUCCGACUUAAACAUGGCGUUGCAGAAGGCCAAGCUUAUUAAGGCCAGGCUCGAAGCACUUGAUCGGUCCAGCGACACAAUCCGGAACAUGCCCGGGUGUGGACCGGGGUCAUCUUCGGACCGGACGAGGACGUCGGUAGUCAACGGGUUGAGGAAGAAGUUGAAGGAUUCGAUGGAAAGCUUUAAUAGAUUGAGAGAAAAGAUAUCGUCUGAGUAUAGAGAAACUGUUGAGAGAAGGUAUUUUACGGUCACCGGCGAAAACCCAGAUGUGCAGACUCUUGAUCUUUUGAUUUCAACAGGGGAAAGUGAGACAUUUAUGCAAAAAGCGAUUCAAGAACAAGGGAGGGGAAGAGUUUUGGAUACAAUAAACGAGAUUCAAGAAAGGCACGAUGCUGUUAAGGACUUGGAGAAGAAUCUCAAAGAACUUCACCAAGUUUUCAUGGAUAUGGCGGUGCUGGUUCAAAGCCAAGGUGAAGAACUGGACGACAUCGAGAGGCAAGUGAACCGAGCUAAUUCGUACGUGAGAGACGGAGCUACCCGACUUCAAACCGCUAGAAAUUAUCAGAAAAAUACCCGCAAAUGGACUUGUUAUGCUAUCAUACUCCUACUCGUCAUCAUCUUGAUUAUCGUGUUAGUCAUCGUGAGACCUUGGUAAAAACAAUGGCGGUGGCCGUCUACAGCUUUUCAGUGUUGUUGGCGAGACAUCAUUUUGAUUAUCGAUUCUUUUGUGUAAACUAAAGUAUUUUUGGUUUCAAUUCGCUUUCUUGUUUUCACGGGGUUGCUACAAAUAGUGUGUAUAUAAAAUUAUGAUGUUAGAUAUAAA